CUGCGCCUAUGCGUCUCCGUUCGCCAAGUUGUAGUGAUCUUCGCAGAGGUAGUGGCGGUGGUAGAAACAGUGAAGGUGGUGGUGGUGGCGGCAACAGCAACAGCAGUGAAGGAGACAGUGGUGGUGGUGGCGGCGGUGGUGGUGGUGGUGGUGGUGGUGGUGGUGGUGGCGGUGGUGGUGGUGGUGGUGGUAGUGGUAGUGGUGGUGGCGGCGACGGCAGCCGCGACAGCAUUUGGAGGGAGAAAUUUCGUACAUCGUGACUGAGUUAGUGCGUGUACGUGCUACCGCGCGUAUAUGCUCUCUCAUUCUCAAGAUUGCGCGCGUGUAUUGUAUAUGUAUGUAUGUAUAUUAUCGCGCGCGCGCAUUAACGGAAUUCACGAUCAGACACGCAGGGACUCUCAACAAAUGUUUAAAUGGACGCAUCGUCCAUUAUCACGCAAGUGUCGCGGGAUGACGAGCUAGGCCAGUUUAAUAAUGGGAAAGCUCAAUUACCACAAGAAAAUGAAGUGGCCAACAACAGUUCAGCCAGUGGCAAAAAGCCAAGAGGGCGUGGACUUCUGCGGUCUCUACUUUGUUGUCUUGGUAGAGGACGUGGAAGUAGUUCAAAAAGUUCAAAAACAAGUUCAUUGCAAGGUGAUGGACAUGGUUCUCCAUCCCUGAGGACUGGAUCCCCAAGAUUCCUUCUCCCACCUGUCAGACAUCAGGAUAUGCACAAGAAGUGCAUGGUGAUUGAUUUGGAUGAAACACUAGUGCAUAGUUCUUUCAAACCAAUCAACAAUGCCGAUUUUGUUGUUCCUGUAGAGAUUGAUGGGACUGUACAUCAAGUAUAUGUUUUAAAGAGGCCUUAUGUGGAUGAAUUUUUACAGAGAAUGGGUGAACUUUACGAGUGUGUAUUGUUCACUGCAAGUUUGGCUAAGUAUGCUGAUCCAGUAGCAGAUUUGCUUGACAGAUGGGGCGUAUUUAGAGCAAGACUGUUUAGAGAAUCUUGUGUUUAUCACAGAGGAAAUUAUGUUAAAGAUUUAAAUAAACUAGGACGGGAUUUACAACAAAUCAUUAUUGUUGAUAAUAGUCCUGCCAGUUACAUUUUCCAUCCAGAUAAUGCAUUUAUUUUUAGGUACCAGUGGCAUCAUGGUUUGAUGAUAUGACAGAUUCAGAAUUAUUAGAUUUAAUUCCAUUUUUUGAAAAGCUCAGUAAUGUGGAGAAUAUUUACACAGUCUUGUGCAAUAGUAAUCAUCCUUAUAAUCAAGUACCUUCGGCUGUACAAAGUAGUCCAAGCCCAGGGUCAGGUUCACUUAGUGCUUCCUAGCCCUACCUAAAUUCUAGCCAAAUAGUCAGUAUUGUCAUCGCUCAAUGCACUCUGAGGAGAAUUUUAAUUGGAAUAUUCCACAUUGCUUACUUGUUAUGUAGCAAUGGACAACCAGGUAUGACACAUUAAAUGCUGGAUUUAUAAUAUAAACAUUUAUCAAAAAAUUGUUAAAAAAAUCAAAUCAGAUGAAAAAUUGAAUUAUAUAUUAAUUAUUUUGAUAAAACAUGAUUCACAAUUGCUUUCUUUACUGAUUUCAGUUCUUUUUUUCUGAGAAAUAAUGAUACAAUAUGAUUGUUCACAAUAUCUCAAAAACAAUGAACUGAUUUAUCUAAUUAUUAAAAUAUAGUUGAUAAAAGUUCAGAAAUAUUAAUCAAAUUGAUUAUAUAACAAGACAUUUUUUUAAUUAAAUUAAAAAAAAUAUGUUUCAAAUACAAUUUAUUACACAAUGAAUUAAUGUGUAUAUUCCCGUGUUUGAUGUACUUGAGAAAAGGAGUAAAUGACAAUGGUAACAUUAUAUGAAACAUAAAAUUUGACAUUUGAUGAAUAAAUAUAUUUACAAUUGUAUAUCAUUUAAAUUUAUGUAAAGUACAUCCAAAAAUUAUUUGCACAAAAAAAUAAAUCAAAGUGUAAUAUAGAAAAAAAAAAAUCAAAUUACUUAGAGUCUUUUGAUGAGCUAUUAUAAUUUUUUCUUCUGAAUAUUCCGAUUAUUUACAAUAAUUUUGCAUUGCUUUACAACACUAUACUAAUAUUGAACUUUAAUGAGUUCUUUUUUUUUUAUGAUUAUCAUAUAUUGAAUAAAAUAAUUCUUAUUGUAUUUUAUGAGGCUGAUAAUUCUAAUUCUACAAAAAUAUAAAAUUUUCUUAAAUAUUUAAUAUUAAUAUUUAAUAUUAAUAUUAGUGAAGUUCAUUGGAAAUUUGUAUAUUUGACUUCAUUAUCAUAAAAUCAAUAGAAAUUUUUUAUAAAUGAAUAUAAAAGAUUAAAAUAUAAAUAUGUGGAAAAAUGAUAUAUACACAAAACAAAUUAUUUUUUCAUUUUUUUUAUAAAAUAAAUAAAAAAAAUGAAAUAUCAAAUCUGACGAUAUUAAUUAAUUUAAUUUAAAUGAAAACUAUGAAAAAAAUAUAUGAUAUUUUAUUCUUAUUAUUUUAAUGAUAUUAUAAUUCUAUUCCAAAGAAUCAAAGAAAAAAGAAAGAAUAAUGCAAUAGAAAUUUUAUAAGAUAAAAAAAAUAAUACAUUUGAAUAUUAUAUUAAUGCAUAUCAUUCUCUUUUUAAACAAUUGCGUCAAUGAAGCACUAUGUUAAUCAUUACAAUAUCAUUAAUAAAUUAGAAUUAUUUAAAUGUAAUUCAUAAGUGGAUAAACAUAAAAAAGUAUAUAUUUACAUUUGUAAAUACAUUUAUUAAUAGAUAGUCAACAAUUUUGUACGCUUAAUUCGUGCAUAAGAAAUGUACAAUUAGAAUCACAUUUUUAUAUCUAAACUAUCGUUAUUCAUGCUUUUUUAUUUUAUUUGUAUUGUUGAUAAUAUAUUCAUCAUUAUUAAUGAUAUAUUAAAUCAGAUUUUAUGAUAGAUUAAACCAAAUUUUAUUAUAUUAUCAUUAUUAACUUAGUUUCAAAUAUUGUAUUUUAUUAUAUUAUUUAUCAUAUUAUAUUUUUCGAAAUAAAAUUUAAUAGAAAAAAAUAAACAAUUUAAAUAAAUAUAAUUUUAUAAUGUUUAUAAAUGAAAUUUUUAUUUGUAUAUAUUAUAUGUGCUUAUUAGCUUUUAUCCCUUUCUAGUAUCGAUAUAUUUUCAUAUGAUAUGUUUAUCAUAUAGUAUAAUAUAAAAAUUUAUAGUCACAUAUUAGUCUUUCUUUUCAAAUUUUACGCAAUAUUUUGUUUUAUAUUUUAAAAUAAGAAAAAUAAGAUAUUGAUAAAUAAAAACAAGAAAAAAAUUAGUUAUAAAAUUAGUUAUAUAAAGAGUUAAUAAAUUUUAAAAUAAAUUUGUUGUUAUAUUUUAAAAUAAUCAUUAAAAUAGAGUUUAAUAAUAUUAUACAUUUAUGAUUUGAAGAUAAUUUUUUUUAGUUUUAAUUUAUUGAUAGAAUGAAAUAUAAUGAAUAAUAUAAAUAUAAAAAUAAAUAGAGAAUAAAUAGAAAUAUGAAUUCUAUUAUUCUGUUAUUUUUCUAUUAUUUCUUAUUAUUUAAUAUCAUCAUAUUACUACUAUUAUUGAUAAAAAAAUAAACUAUUAUUAUUAUAAGAUUUUAUUUCAUAUAAAAAAGGGCUAAGAUAUACAGAAAUAAUAAAGUUACAUAAUAAUAAAUCUUAAAUGCAUAAUAUUGCAUAAUGCUGCAUGUUGCAUAAUAUUAAAUGGCUUCCAACUAAAUAUUUUUUCAAUUUUUUUCUUAAAUAUUAUGUUAUAUAUUAUGUGACUAUGUAAUUAUGUAACUAACUGACAAUUGUUUUCUAUCAGAUUUUAAAGCACCUAAUACAAAAAUAACAUUAUGCACUAAAUAUAUUCCAAAUAAAUAAAAAUUAAAUAUUAUAUUGAUUUUCUUGAUAGUUUUAUAUAAAAUCAUUUUAAUAUUUAUUAUUUAAUCCAAAAUACAUAAAUUUAUCUCAACAUUAUAUAAAAAUGUUGAAUGUUUAUAUCUAGACAUUAUUUGUAUUCUUAUAUUUAUGUUUAUUAUUAUAUUUAAGAAAAAAAACGGCAUGUUAUAAAAUAUUUGUACUUAGUAAAUGUACUUUGCCGUUAUAAAAACAAAGUUAAUAAUCAUAUCCUUUUUAUUUCAUUCUUAAUAUAUAAAUUUAUUAAAAGAAAACGGGAUAUUAUAAUAAAUGAUCAUUAAUUUUUAAAAGUUUUCAAUAUAAUAUCAAUUUAAAGAAACAUACAUAAAUAAUAAUAUUUGCAAUUCUAUAAUAUAAUAUAAAAUCUAUAAUAUAAAAAGUGUUUCAUUUUUCAUUUACAUAAUGCUCAUCAAAAUGACUCUACAAAUUAUAGAAUACCUUUUCAGGAAAUAUGUGCGAAAAACACGGAAAAUUAAAGGAACAUAUAUAUAUAUAUUAUAUAUAUAUAUCAAUUAAUAUUCCAUAAAUUUUUAAUUAAAAUCUUUUUUGUAAUGCUCUCAUUUCCUGCCUGAGUGAUAAAUUUAAAGUAUAUACGAGCGAUUACAAUGCGAUUACAGUCAUGUGACAAAAUCUUGAAAAAUUAUUUCUAAGUUUUUCAUCUUAUCCCCCCCUUUUCUUUUCACAAAAAUGUUUUAUCUUUAAUACUAUAUGAUAGCAAGAUUCAAAUAUAGGAAACAUCACCAUAAUAUUGUAAAAUUUUGAUGGUUUGAAAAAACAAAUUUGGAAAAAAUCAAAUCGUUGUUUCCGACAAAGACUGUGUUCCUUAUCAGAUUUAACAUACAUGAAAUAACAGACAUCCCUUAAAUAUCCAUCACGUUGUGCUUCCGUGAUUAAAUAAUAUUAACAAUCCAGUGUAUUGCUUUUAUUGAAUGCAAUCUGUUGAAUGCUUAAAACACGUAUCUGUAGUAUUUCGUAUAAUAUUCAUACGUUUUUUUUGUCGUGUUUUAAUCUUUCCAAGCAUUUUGUUUUCUUUUAUUUUUAUAUUAUUAUUAUUAUUAAUUUUAUCAUCAUCAUUAUUAUUAUUGUUGUUAUUAUUAUUAUUAUUAUUAUUAUUAUUAUUAUUAUUAUUAUUAUUAUUAAUGAUUUAUGAUUUAUUAUUAAUUAUCAUCACCAUUAUUAUCAUCGUCAUCAUCAUUAUGGAAUUGUAACAUGAUUGUAGAUAUUGUAGCAAAACACUAAUGAUAAUGCUACAAUUUAAAUUUAUUAUUGAAAAAGUGCUCCGAGAAAAUUGUUAGCGUGAAGACGUAACGAAAAUAAUCAUGAUUAAUAAUUAUAUGUAUACGUAUAUAUAAUAUAUAAAUAUUAGGUAGAUCAAUUAAUUUGUAAUACUUAAUUGCUAUACUGCGAUACUUGUAUAACAAGGCAACGAUGUCUUCAAAUUCGUAAUUUUUCGCAUUAAAAUUUACAUAUAUAUAUAUAUAUAUAUACAUAUAUAUACGCAUACAUACAUUUUUAUUUAUAUAUAUAUAUAUAUGUGUAUAUAUAUGUAUAUAUAUAUAUAUAUAUAUAUAUGUAAAUUUUAUAUAUAUAUAUAUGUGUAUGUAUAUAAUAUGUAUAUAUACAAAAGUACAAGAAGUAUUGUUCUUAUUGGUGAACAAGGAACAUAUAAAUAAUAUAUUUUUAAUUGAAUUCACAUUUGUGCGAUUUUUUAGUUAAAUGAUCUAUUAUAUUUUAUUAUAUAAUGUUUAAUAUAUUGAGUUAUCUUGAAUUUCUUAAAAGUUCAUUUAUAUACCGGUGAUUUUUAUAAAUAAAUAUUAAAAUUAUAUUAAUAAAUUAUUAAAAUUAAUUAUUAAAUCAUUUAUAUAUAUUUCUAUGUAUUGUUUGUUUUAUGAAAUGAAUUUUUUUUAUCGAUUUAUAAUAGAUAAAAUCAAUAGAAUUUUGAAAAAACAAAAAGUAAUGGAAAUUUUAUUUCGUUAUUUUCAUUACGCAUAUAUUAUUGCAUUAAUUUGAAAUAAUUAUUGUUAUCAGUUAGAUUCGUUCCCAAAUACAGUGUUUAUUUAACUAUUAUGUCGUAUUAUAAUAGCAAUAAAAUCGCUAACAUUUUUCUCAAUGCCGAUAUGUCGUUAUUUCAUAGCAAUUUUGCUGUAAUAUAAAACAAGCAAAUAUGUAAGAAAUGAUAUACUUUUGAAAAAGAGGGGAAAAAACAUACAUGUGUGUGUGCGUGUGUGUGAAUAUUGUGUAUACAUAUGAUAUACAAGCAUGAAUGUGUAAUUUGAAAAAUAUAAACGAAGAAGAGAAGAAAAAAUAAAAAUAAUAGCGAAAAUCGUUCGCCAAGCAACAAACGCAAAAUCAAAAUUGAAAUUUUUUAUAUGCAAUCAUUUAAAUGAAAAUGAACGAAGAAGAAAGAACAGAAAAUAAAAUAAAAACGCUCGAAAUUCCAGUCGUUGUUUUGUUGCAUACUGGAUAAUUAAUAAAUUAUUGUAUUAUUAUUAUUAUUAUUAUUAUUAUUAUUAUUAUUAUUAUUAUUAUUAUUAUCAUCAUCAUUAUUAUUAUUGUUGUUAUUAUUAUUAUUAUUAUUAUUAUUAUUAUUAUUAUUAUUAUUAUUAUUAUUAUUAUUAUUAAUGUCAUCAUCAUCAUCAUUAUUAUUAUUAUUAUUUUUAUUUUUAUUUUUAUUUUCAUUUUUAUUUUUAUUACUUUUAUUAUUAUAAUACACAAUGUACAAAAACCAUUCAUCAUAAAUGGAAUGAAAUUAUUAAGAUAUAUCGUCAGUAUAGAAUGUUAAUAUAACAUGUGACUAAAAACAAAUGAACAAUGAAGAAAGAGAAAAAGAGAAAAAAAUUAAAAUGAAAAACGUGAGAUAUGUAAAAAAAAAACAUAAUUAACGAUAUUGCCUUGAUUUGUAAAUAAAAUUUAAUUACUUCCACUAACAAAAUCUCUGCGAAUAUUAAGCGGGCCGCGAUCGUUCCAUAUGGGCUCACUCUCUUCAAUUUCGUAUGUUUUUUACUAAAAAUUACAGCUGAUUUUUUAACAGUAAGAAUAUUUUGUAUAAUGAAACGUAAAUAAUAUAUAUAUGUAUAUAUUAUAUACAUGUAUUAUAUAUGUAUUAUAUAUGUAUAUACAUAUAAUAUAUAUAUAUAUAAAAUGUCGAGAUGAGCUCUAUGUAUCGUACCAGAAAAAUCAGCUAGAGUAUGUAAAUCUCCCUUCUGAUAUGUCCAGUUUGCUCUGUGAUUAUGUGUUUAAUAAAAAAAAAGCAAAAAAAUAUAUAUAUUAUGUAUAUGUAUGUAUAUAUAUAUAUAUAUAUAUGUACAUAUACACGUUUGAUAAAUGAAUUCUAAUAGUUUUUGCAUGAUCCCUCUACGAAAGCGUUCCCCAAUUCAUUAUUGUGUAUUUUAUAUAUCAUAACAAUGUUAAUAUCUGAUUAUUUAUUAAACUUUUAAAAUGAAAAUUGUAUUAA